ACACUUUGGGGAAAGAUGGCAAUGGAUGAGUACUUGUGGAUGGUCAUUGUGGGUUUUAUUAUUGCUUUUAUUUUAGCGUUUUCAGUCGGUGCAAAUGAUGUUGCCAAUUCGUUUGGGACUGCUGUGGGCUCUGGUGUUGUUACUUUACGCCAGGCUUGCUUUCUGGCUUCAGUUUUUGAAACCACUGGCUCAGUAUUACUGGGAGCAAAAGUAGGAGAAACGAUCCGGAAAGGUAUAAUUGAUGUUAACCUUUACAACAACACGGUGCCGCUACUGAUGGCAGGAGAAGUUAGUGCAAUGGUUGGUUCUGCUGUUUGGCAGCUGAUUGCGUCUUUCUUGAAACUCCCAAUAUCGGGCACCCAUUGCAUCGUAGGUGCUACAAUUGGAUUCUCCCUCGUUGCGAUCGGCACGCAGGGAGUUCAGUGGAUGCAGCUGGUCAAGAUUGUUGCUUCUUGGUUUAUUUCCCCACUUUUAUCCGGCUUGAUGUCUGGAAUACUCUUUGUGCUGAUUAGAUUCUUCAUUUUAAACAAGGAAGACCCCGUACCCAACGGCCUCCGUGCACUUCCAGUGUUUUAUGCUGCUACUAUAGCUAUUAAUGUGUUCUCCAUCAUGUACACCGGGGCACCAGUACUAGGACUGGUACUGCCAAUGUGGGCCAUCGCUCUAAUAUCAGUCGGCGUAUCCUUAAUAUUUGCUGUCUUAGUUUGGAUUUUUGUAUGUCCGUGGAUGAAGAGAAAAAUAGAAAGCCAGUUAAAGAAAGAUGCUGCACUGUCAAGGAUAUCGGAUGAAAGUCUUGAUAAAAUUCAAGACGAAGAAACACCAGUCUUUAAAGAGCUUCCUGGUGCUAAAGCGACCGAUGAGAGCACAAUUCCCCUCACUGGCUCAGUAACAGAAGCUGCUGGGGCAUCAGAUAGUAUCACAAAUGGAAACCAUCCACGUGUACCAUAUGGAAGGGCCUUUUCUAUGACACAUACCUCUGUGAAAUCACCCAUUUCCAAUGGCACCUUCAACUUUGAUGGCCAGAUGAGGAGCGACGGCCACGUGUAUCACACCGUGCACAAGGACUCAGGUUUAUACAAAGACUUGCUACACAAAAUUCACCUGGACCGGGCCACCGAUGAGAGGCCCGCUCAGGAAAACAACUAUAAGCUGUUAAGACGCAACAACAGUUACACUUGUUACACAGCUGCCAUUUGCGGCAUGCCUGUGCAUUCUUCCUUUAAGGCAGCUGAUACGUCAACACCAGAGGACAGUGAAAAGUUAGUGGGAGACACAGUCUCCUAUUCUAAGAAGAGAGUUCGCUAUGACAGCUACUCCAGCUAUUGCAACGCAGUAGCCGAAGCAGAGAUUGAGGCGGAGGAAGGGGGAGUGGAAAUGAAGUUGGCCUCAGAGUUGGCAGAUCCCAACCGGCCCCCGGAUGAUCCUGUGGAAGAGGAUAAGGAAGAGAAGGAUAUGUCUCAGGUCCAUCUACUUUUCCACUUCCUCCAGAUCUUAACAGCCUGUUUCGGAUCCUUUGCCCAUGGAGGUAAUGAUGUCAGCAAUGCAAUUGGUCCUCUAGUCGCUCUCUGGCUUAUCUACGACCAAGGUGGCGUAAUGCAAGAAGCAUCAACUCCUGUGUGGUUGCUGUUUUACGGAGGUGUUGGGAUUUGCGUGGGUCUCUGGGUCUGGGGUAGAAGAGUCAUCCAGACAAUGGGUAAAGACCUCACACCAAUCACACCGUCAAGUGGAUUCACUAUUGAGUUGGCUUCGGCGUUCACAGUUGUGGUAGCUUCCAAUGUUGGACUUCCAGUCAGUACUACACACUGCAAGGUGGGCUCUGUGGUGGCCGUUGGCUGGAUACGUUCCAAGAAAGCUGUUGACUGGCGUCUCUUCCGCAACAUCUUUCUGGCCUGGUUUGUGACUGUCCCAGUUGCUGGCUUGUUCAGUGCGGGCGUGAUGGCGCUGCUGAUGUAUGGUAUUCUGCCUUACGUCUGAAGAGCCUCUUUCUCUGGGAAAAGGGGAAACAGCCAAGCAACUACGGAGGGUAGAAGAGUGCCCAGGAAGAACUAGUUGGAAAGGAUUCAUCUUCCAUAUCUAACUUCUUAUCUACUGUACAUAACAAUGUGUCAUAUUGGUGACAUGGUGAUGUGGUGCCAUUUCUUAUAUAUUAAAGAAAUAUAUAUGCAUAUAGUAGGUAACAAUACCUAAGUUAUAUUAUCAGUGAGGUGAAAAUAAUUGCCUAGAAUUUAAUAUUUAGUAAAAUUUGUACAUAGUGUAUCAUUUUGGUGGCGAUUUUUUAAUCUUUUGAAGAAGAGUAUGGAUUAGGAAAUGUUUCUUGUCCAUUUGAUAUAAGAAGAAGCGAGGUACAGGACUGCAUAUACUUGGGUUUUUUUAAAGCUAUUAAGAUACUGGAACAAAACAAGAUGUGCAGAAGUGCUUUUCCUAAAAUAACUCUGUUCAUAUCGUAUUGAAUUUUGUGUAUCAUAGCAUAACGGUUAUGGCUCUGUAAAUACUUACAAACGAUAACUUUUAAAUGGUGCAUUUCCCUUAUAUAUUUUGGAUAAGAAAGUUUAGGAAGUACCAAAGAAGCAGGGGAAUAGCUUGCCAAUAUUAAUGUUGUUGUCUACACGUGUAGGCACGUGUUGUGUUUUCCCCACCUCUAAUUUAAAGUUGUUCUCACUAAACUGCCACUGGCAACGCAGAGAGAGCACUGUUCGUGGCUUAAUGUAACUUUAAAAAAAAGACACAAAAAAGAGUUGGUUCUACUUGUUCUUGUUACUCAGUAGGCAUAACACUAAUGUCCACAUCUGACUAUAGUAUACUGGCUUCAUUUUGUGGUUUGAAGUAUCUCACUGCUCACCUUCUACUGUCUCCCUUACAAGGCUUUGCUUCCCGUUGUCCUACGAUCGGUUUCAGCAUGAGAACAGACCGUCCGUCUCCUCUUUUUUUAUUUUAAUCCAGCAUGUCACAGCCGCACAACCUCAGUGGGAUUCUAGGGUCUGCACCACAGCCCUGUGCCAGCGCUGAGGAAUAGCAGCAGGUAGAAAGUAGGCGCUAGUUCUGUGCCGGCAUUGGUGCGGAAAGGCCCGAAGCUGGAACGAGGUCCGCCAGGCGAGUGGCAUCCCACGCUCCGACCAGGCAGCCCCGUAGCAGCAGGGAUCGCGCAGUAACCAGCAUUUAGGAGCCCCUUGGGAUUUUCCCAGAGGCUCGGAGUGGGAAAUGACCAGCUACGUCCCCUGCACAGCUUUGGAAAGCACAUUUGGGUUCAGGUUACUGUUUCCUGGGGAGAACGCAAGGGUAAAGCGGUGGCUGGAUGAGGUUGGGAAUCUGUUACCAUUUAAAUGCUGCUAAAAUUUUGAUAAGUGUUCUUGAUACUCCAUUGUGACUUUUCCAUUGGUUGUUCAUACUAAAUUUAUAAUAAAAGGAUAAACAGCCCCUA